AGAGAGAGAGAGAGAGAGAGAGAGAGAGAGAGAGAGAGAGAGAGAGAGAGAGAGAGAGAGAGAGAGAGAGAGAAGAGGGCAAAGAUAUGGCGAUGUUGGACGUGGACAGCAUUCUCAGGGAUGCUCCUCAUCCCGUUGCUAAGACAAAGAUUGUGUGCACGCUGGGACCGAAGUCGAGGGAUGUGCCCAUGCUGGAGAAGCUGCUGAAGGCCGGGAUGAACGUUGCUCGUUUUAAUUUUUCUCACGGAACACAUGCAUAUCACCAAGGCACGUUGGACAAUCUUCGCCAGGCAAUGAUUAAUACUGAAAUCCUCUGUGCUGUACUUCUUGAUACAAAGGGUCCCGAAAUUAGAACAGGGAAGCUGAAAGAUGGAAAGCCAGUUCAGCUCACACAAGGUGAGGAGGUCAUUAUCUCAACGGACGACAGUCUGGAGGGUGAUGGCGACACUAUCACUGUGAGCUAUAAGUGGCUGCCUAUGGACGUAAAGCGGGGGAAUACUCUUUUCUGUGCGGACGGCACGAUCGCUUUGACGGUUUUGGAAUCCCAUCCCAUACAGGGAACUGUAAGAUGCAGGUGUGAAAACAGCGCAAUGCUCGGCGAGAGAAAGAACGUCAACCUCCCUGGAGUCGUCGUCGACCUUCCUACGAUCGGCACAAAGGACAGGGAGGAUAUCCUUGGUUGGGGUGUCCCGAAUUCGAUUGAUUUCAUUGCGGCAUCCUUUGUCCGCAAGGGGAAGGAUGUCAUCAACAUCAAAAGGAUCCUCGGACCCCGUGCUAGAACAAUAAAGAUAAUCUCAAAGAUAGAGAAUGAGGAGGGCCUCGUCAACUUUGAGGACAUUCUGAGGGAGACGGAUGGGGUGAUGGUUGCCAGAGGGGACCUGGGAAUGGAGAUACCCACCGAGAAGAUCUUCCUUGCACAGAAAAUGAUGAUCAUGAAGUGCAACUCUGCUGGAAAGCCGGUCAUAACCGCGACGCAAAUGUUGGAGUCGAUGAUUACGUCUUCUUGUCCUACUCACGCAGAAGCCACCGACGUGGCUAACGCCGUUUUGGAUGGAACCGAUGCGGUAAUGCUGAGUCGUGAAACGGCGACAGGAACUUAUCCCGAGGAGGCGGUGAAGGUGAUGUCCCGAAUUUGCCGGGAGGCGGAAGCCUCUCUCGACUACGAUGCAAUCUUCAAGGCCAUCAUCAAGGAGACUCCCGUUCCGAUGAGCCCCCUCGAGAGUCUGGCAUUGUCUGCUGCUGGAACUGCUAACAAGGUUGGGGCUUCACUGAUCGUUGUGCUGAUGAGAGGAGGCAGCACAGCAAAGCUUGUGGCAAAGUACAGGCCGUCGGUCCCGGUUCUCUCUGUUGCUGUGCCGGUUCUCACCACAGACAAUGUAUCUUGGUCCGUCAGCGAGGAGGCUCCGGCCCGUCACAGCUUGAUCUGCAGAGGUCUCAUUCCCCUGCUUGCAGGGGGCGUAGCAAGAGCGACAGAUACCGAUACAGCUGACGAGAUCCUGAGCACGGCUCUGCAGUGGUCAAAGAGGAGAGGGCUUAUCAAGCCAGGAGAUUGCAUUGUGUCUCUUCACAGCAUUGGUGGCGCUGGAGUGAUCAAGAUAAUCGACAUUAAGUGAGCGAAUGUGAGCCACAUCUUGAA